AUAAAAAGAAAUUAAUUGACUUGAGACAAGUUUAAUGUAUUCAAAUUUGAGUUACGGAUGGGUCUGCCACUAUAUGUGGAAAAACUGUGAAUUUGUGUAUUUGAAAACGAUUUCCCUGAUUUUAAAUUCAACUGCUCCAAAUAGUAGCUUAAUUAUCCAGACCAUGUAGGCUAUUAUAUAAAUAUAUUUGAAGAAGAAAGAAGUAUCUAUUUCCACGUUUUCUUCAAGUAUUCAGUAUUAAUAUUUUGAUAUAAUUAAUAUAAAGUAAAAAACGUUAAAAAAUGGAUACACAACAUGGGUUUGUUUGUAAUAUUGACAUUAAACAAGAAAAGAAAGACGUAAUGCUUCCAUCAACUUUUCAAAAUGUUAUUAAUGAGAGUACGCAUCUUAUAAAACAAGAAAUUGAUGACGAUAUAAAUAUAAUUCCUGUAUUUGAAGAUUAUACGACUGCAGGUAAAACAGAAAGGGGUAGUUCCCUUAAGAUUAAUAUACAUAAUGUUAGAAAACAAUUUAAAUAUGGAAUAUCACCUAAAUUGAAAAAACUUUUUAAAGAUGGUAAACACUUGAAUACCAUUGGUGGGAUUAUGAUUUGUGAGUUUUGUGGAAAUUUAUUCACUAAACGAAAAGAAUACCUUUACCACGUUUCUAUAAAUCAUUUCAUGAAAUUGAAGAAAUCCAAAUUCUACCGAAAAAAAAAUCGCACUAAAGGUAAAGUAAUUAAAAACAUUUUUAUCAGAAAUCUUCAAUAUGAUGUGAAAAAUGAAAUUGAAAUAGUUGAACAUAAUUUAAAAGCUGAAUUAGAAGAUAACGCACCCACUGAUGAUGUCCUCGAUCGAAAAGAAAAGCCAUUUGAAUGUGAUAAUUGUUCAAAAACUUUUUCACGAAAAUAUGCUUUGAAUUUACAUUAUCGUAUUCACACAGGCGAAAAGCCGUUCAAAUGUGACGUUUGUUUGAAGACGUUUUCGCAGAAAUGUUAUAUGAAAUUCCAUUCACGCAUUCACACUGGAGAAAAGCCCGCCAAAUGUAAUAUUUGUUCUAAAACUUUCAGGCGGAAAAGUGUUCUGAAUGUACAUAUGCGUAGUCACACGAAAGAAAAACCAUUCAAAUGUGACAUUUGUUCGAAAACUUUUUCGCACAGAUAUUCUUUGAAUAUACACAUGCGCAGUCACACAGGAGACAAGCCGUUCGAAUGUGAUAUUUGUCUGAAAACUUUUUCCCGGAGCAGUCAUUUAAAAUCACAUUCUUAUAGUCACUCCGGUGAAAAGCCAUUCAAAUGUGACAUUUGCUUGAAAAUGUUUUCGAGGAAAUAUCAUUUAAGUACACAUUUGCGUAUCCACACAGGUGACAAGCCCUAUAAAUGUGAUGUUUGUUCGAAAACUUUUUCGCGGAAAAGUCAUUUAAAUUUACAUUCAAAUAUUCAUACAAGAGAAAAGCCGUUCAAAUGUAAUUUUUGUACAAAAACGUUUACGAGAAAAUAUCGGUUAAAUUCCCAUUUGCAUAUUCACACAGUUGAAAACAUACAGUAACAAAUAUUUUCCUAUAAUCACAAGUAUUUCCAUACAUGUGUGGAAAAUUAUUGAAACUAAAAAAUAUUAUGGAUAUUUACUUUCAAAAUAUUCGUUUUUUCCACUUAUAUUCAAUCUAAAUCACCAAAAAAACAAACAACAACAAUAUACACUUAACAUAACCUCACUCAUAUCUGUCAAUAAUUAUGGACCAUUCCAGAAUUGGCGAAAAUCAAGUAUCACUAGAAGGCGCUGAAUUUGGCUUCUAUGUAAGGGUGUUUUAUGCUGUUUAGUUUUUUUAUAUGUUUUUAAGGAUUUUGGUAGGAUUGUCUUUAUGUUGGUAAUUUCCGUUAUUUCUAAUAGUGAUCUCGAUUUAACCGUGAACCAAGUUAAUAUAUAAUAUUUUUCACGUUUUUCAUGUUAUUUAUGGGGGUAUGUAGGCGAUCGAGCUACUACUCAUUCAAUAUUGGUAAAAACAGUUUUCUUCCUAAUUUAUUUUGGAUUAAAAUGUCAAGUUAUGUAAUAUACUAUCACCUACAA